AUGUCAUCGUCGGCAACGAACGCAACCCCAAGAGAACUCAGAACGUUGUUCGCCCGUUUCGAAAAUCCGAGAAUAACCGUGUCAGACAACCGCACGCAGUUUACGUCCAGAGAGUUCCAAGAUUUUUGCGCCAGGCAAGGCAUUCAACACGUCCAGAGCUCUACUCAAAUCGAAAGAGAGAGGAAAGUUGGAGACACUGAGUUUCUGAAGUGUUAUCGGAGAGCACCGAGUACCUCGACUUCCGGACAAGUUUCACCAGCAGAGUUAUUCCUUGGACAUCAAAUUAGGACAAAUCUCACGCUGCUGAACGAAACUUGA